CUUAGCCCUGAAGACACACACUCUCCCUCCCACACACACACACACACCUCAAACACUUGCUAACUCAUGCGGCAUGUCAUGGUGGCUGCCUGUGCCUGUGACUGUGUGUUCUCCACGUUUCCCAGCAGAGCAGGACUGUCCUGAGUUUUUGAGGAGCAGCCACGAGGACAAAGAGUCUCUUUCAGGUCUGACUGCAGUGCCCCAACGAGCUCCUAUUGAGAUGACCUCACAGUAAGCGGACCCUUCCAUCACCACAAGCACACUACCACUGCUGCUACUGUACGCUCAGGCAAUGUCUGUGGACGCCUUAGGACAGUCGCCGCGGAGGAUGGCCAAGGCCCCGCCCCCUCCUGUUCCCCCGAAGCGCUUUCAGGUCAAGGACGCCCUCCAUGACCUCGGCGUGCAGCCCAGGUCUCCCACCACCCCCACCAUCACCACCCCCACCACCACCAUCCCCACCAUCACUUCCACUCCCAUCCAGCAGGAAGAGCGCAGGCCCAGCGCUGCAGAGCGUCUAGCCGCCGACAAGGGUCGCUUCAUCAAGAGCCAGCCCAUUGUGCUGUCCAAAACUCCACAGAUGACCGCAGUGCCUGUAGCACGCAAGAAGCCGGUUGCUCCCGGCCCCGGCCGAGCCAUCCCUCCCAGCCCCAGCAAACCUAAUAGUAGUAUUAGUAGUAGUAGUAGCCCGAGCAAACCUGUUAGUAGUAGUAGUAUUAGUAGUAGCAAUGAACCACCCAAAGCCAGCCCUCGGAGGCCCGUGAGGAGGGCUGCCCCCCCGGCCGCUGGCCACUCCGCUGGGGCGCCCGUGCUGAACCUGAAGCACCUGAGCAUCCUCAUCAGCGAUGUGGAGGAGCCUGAGCCGGAGCCUGAUGCCUCUCCCCCGGCCUCGCACGCCGCGGCAGCCUCCUCCACCUGCUCCCUCAGCAGCGACGGCACCGCGGGCGAUGAGAACUGUAAUAAUAGUGAGCCCGCGGUGCCAACGCUGACAACUUCAGAGCCUACCUCCUUCGACUCCUUUGAUAAACUGGCGCUCGCCUCACCCGCCUCCCUGGCUCAGGUGUCCUCUACCUCUCCCUCCCUCUCCACACCCUCCCUCGACAGCCCUUGGAGGACUGGGGCUGGGUCGGACGCGUCCGGGUCGGGGACUGGGUCCCAGUCGCAGGGUGGCUGCUCCAGCUCCCCCGCGGUGGCGGUGCGCAGGGUUGAUGUCCGCCCGCAGAUGGUGGCGCCGGUGAGGAAGGGCCCCAUGAUGCACGGCGGCCCCCACAUGCACGGACGCAUGCCUCCUGCGCACAUGCAGAUGCCCAUGCACAUGCCCAUGCACAUGCCCAUGGCCGCGCACAACAAGCUGCAGCAGCAGGCGCAGUCACACGCUCACCUCAUGUACCUGAUGAAGGCGCAGGUGGCCGCCAAGAACGCCCCCGUGCUGCCCCGGAACUCACCCCUGAUGCCACCAGGUGGUGUGCAUGGAGGGAUGGCUGGCAUGAUGAUGGCCCACAGAGCGGGCAUGACUCCCAGCCUGCCCCCCCAGGCCCAGCAGCCAAGCUCCAACGGGGGGAGCCCAACCCUCAAGUCUCCCACAAUGCCCGGCGGUGGCACUCCGCAGCCAGUGUCCGCCACCACCACUCCUCAAAGCUCAGCAGUGGCCCCCAUUACUCCACCGGUCCCUCUGCGCAUCUCGUCUCCAACUGCAGCUGGCCAAGCGGCCGAACCACAGGCACCAGUUGCCACCAUGAUGGCCGCCACUGCUGCCGCCACACCAACCCCAUCAUCGCUCCCCUCCUCCUCCUCCAACCUCAGCUCCUUCCUCCCCGGUGGGGGGUCCAACAACUCCCCCAUCCCCCCCUUCUCCUCCGCGCACCCCUCCCCCUCCCCCUCCAUCACCCGUCUCUCCUCCUCCGGCUCCCGUAAGCGCCGCCCCUCCCUCACGCGCUCCAAGUCGGACGUGAGCGACCGCUACUCGCGGGCCGGCGCCGACCUGGAGCGCUUCUUCAACUACUGCGGCCUGGACCCGGCCGACCUGGACCUGGAGGAGCUGGCCCAGCAACCCGGCGGCUCGGACAUCGCCUCCGUGUCCCGGCUGAGGAGCGCCAGCGCCCCCGCCUCCGAGUGCUCGCAGGGCCAGGAGCAGCAGGAGCAGGAGGAGGAGGGAGGAGGCGCGCAGGCUCAGAGGGUCCCCUACGGGGUCUCCGUCAUCGAGAGGAACGCCAGGGUCAUCAAGUGGCUGUACGGGCUGCGUCAGGCGAGGGAUCCUGCCCGCGUCGCCAAUGUCUAGACCAGGCAGGACCGCCGGCGCUGAUUGACAGGUUUGACUGGGCCCAGGGCAAUAUCGUCUGAAAGGGCCCCCCCCUCCUCUCAAUACAUACAAUGUAAUGGGGAGCCAAUUCUGGGCCCCCUCUCUCUCCCUGGGCCCGGGACAACAGACCUGUUUGUCCCCCGCUAUCUGCUUCCCUGAGACCAGGGGUGGAGGAACCUACUGUAUGUCUCGAGGGACGUUUAUGGCCCUUGAGGCUGUGUUAUCUGGCCCUGCGGAUACACAUGAAAUAAUAUGACACUGUUUUGUAAAGAAAUGUUAGAAAUUUCAAUAUUGCUAUAUAAUUAAGUUAUCUGUUCAUAUCAGGGGACCUGAAGGUGAAGGAGGGGUCUGUUGUACACAUGGCCACCUUUCAAUAUAGGCUUAAAGGGGUAUGCCACUAUUUUG